AAAGACGCAACGCGUUUACUAACUCAUAAACUCUUAGGUUAAAUUAAUUUAUUAGAAUAAUAAAUGACAAUAAGCUUCCUCGAAGAAAAUAUCGCAGCUAUACGUGUACAAUGAGUGAGAUUACAUCUCACAAGAGAGAUAAGAGGGAAAAGCGAAUCCCGCCGGGUGGGAAAGUGCGCAUCGCUGAAAGCACGAAGUGCAGGAAAUCCCUGUUGAAGUUAAAGCAGCAAGAGUACUUGAUGGAAAAGAGCCUCGCCAACUUGAUGGAGAACAUGAAACUGGAACCAGAAGUUCUACGACCCGUUUUGCAUAAUAUGAGUGACAUCUCGAAAAACAGGCAGAUUUUUCUGGAUGGCAUGAGAAAACCCUUGGAGGAAAUUACGGAGGAACUGCGAUCGGUACAAUCGAUCACGAAUUGUCCCGAGCAGAUCCAGAAGUUAGAUACGAAUGCAUACAAACAACGGCUAGUGAGACUGUCGCGAAAAAUUCGGGACUUUCAGAACUUCUGCCAAUUGCAGACUGCGACUCUGUCGCAGGAGCAAACCGCUCUCGAAUCUGAAUUACGCGAAUUUGAAUCAAAUUUGCAUAAGUAUGAAAAUGCAACCGGUAGCAUCGGCAAACCGACGUCCGCCGCGACUUCUAACAAGGAAAAUAAAAAGUGUUGUGAUUAUAAGGCGAUCGAGAACUUCCACGAGUUAAUUGCUAAAACAGGCCACACUGAUAACUGGAGCGACGAGGAUCAUCUGUUGUUCCUGAAAAUGCGGAAGAAAUGCAGCAGCAUCCCUGCCCUUGUGGCUGCCAUUCGAGUCAAAUGUCCGGAUCUCACAGCGGAGGCAAUAGUAAAUCAUGAGGCUUGGUACAAGGUUUAUCUGAGCCUGCGUGAAAAGCAACGAUCGAGCGUCAGAGAGUGGCGCAAACGAAAAGAAAUGGAGAAGAUGAAGGUGAAGAAUCACGAGGAUGAAACCGGGGCCGAGACCUUGGAAGAGACUUCGCGAGAGAAAGGAAACUCCGAUAUCACAAAAGAUCUUUCCUCUUGCGUGACGGAUAAGUGUAAAAAGGGAACAACUGGCGAGCCCGUUGAUAUCAAUAAUCGGAAGAAGGAAUUAGUAAGACGGUGGAAAGAGGAGAGAGAGAGUAAACGUUCGAUCGACGAGGAGCAGUUAAGGAUUCUGACGGAGUCGAAGCUUGCCGCGCAAGAAAAACGUAAGAGGGAAAGAUUGAAAAGGCUUCGGAAAGUUUUGGCGGAACAUCGUGAGAGAAGAUCAAUGGAAGUUUCUUCGAAAGACGAUUCGAGAGGGGGACCAAAGUACAAUCCGACAUUGAUCAAAGCCUUUAGAAAGCAAGAUGCAGAAUAUACAAGUAGAAAAAAAAAUUUAAUAGCGAGUCGGAGGUUGGCUAAAACUCAAACGGUAAAAAUCAUAAGACCGCAAAUAACGAAAAAACAAGAUCAUUCGACCCUGUUGAAUUUGACUGAAGUGUGGAGAGAAAAAUGUAGAAUACACGAUUCUAACACGAGGGAACCGAAAAAACUGCAAUAUAUCAAAGACGUUCCACGUUUAUAUGUCCAGUGGAGAAACAGGGAAUCGAUAGAGAUCAAGGAUGCCCUAACAUUUUCUUGAAGUUGAAGAUUUUUUUUUUUUCAGCCAAUGUUCAUUUAACGGAGAAGGCAAUUAAAAAAUUCACAAAACAUUGAUAUAUACUUAUGUUUAUUUUUCUUUACGAACGUACCUUUUUGUUUCUUUCAGACGAUGAACAUAAUAAGUUAUGAGUAAACGAGUGCUGAAUUUAUCCAGAGAAUCGCCGUUUCGGCUUUACAAUUUAUUAUUAUAAAUCGCUAUCUCUCUCUGUGUUUGUUUCGUUAUUUUUAUUUCAUUUUCAGAAGAAAAAAAAUAAAAGAAAAAGAGAAGAAGAUUACCGUCGUCGUCUCGGAUAACUUCAACCCUCGGCGGCUUUAUACUCAAAUAUAUAUAAUAUACUUUCUAUCAA